CUAGGUAUUGAAAGAGCUCAAAGUCCAGUGGUGCGGUUAUAUAUUGUCAAAGUGCGGAAGGACCAACACAUAACAGACGAACCAAGAAUACAAGCGGCCAAACACAGAGCUCUUAGCCAAAACCACUUUCAUAUCAUUAGUAUAUUUUACAAAAGAGGCAAAAAGCUGUGGAGUUGAGGAUGUCCAGCAGCAACAGGAGUGCUCCAGUUCCGCUUGGCAACGGCGUUGUGGUGGUGACACACGUGUACCGAGAGCCAGACGCCCAGGGGAGAGAGCAGCAGCUGUAUGAGGAGCCUUCUCCAGCACCGGGCCCACACUCUUGGCAGCAAAAUGGGCUGCUCAGAACGGCACCGUCACAGAAUGGCAGGUUUACAAGCAAACUGAGUCUGAUAGAGACUUUCGUCAAGAGGGAGCAGACUACACUGGGGACUGUUCAGGCACUGAUUGGCCUAAUCACCAUCAUGUUUGGUAUCGUUACCAUCAUUAAACCCACUGCGACAUCAGCAAAGUCUGGGGUCAUGUUCUGGGGUUCUGUCUGGUAUGUCAUCGCAGGAGCGUACACAGUUGCCGGCAUUAGGUGCCCCUCGAGUAUGGAUAAUCGCACCUUGACUGUGAGACAUUUGGGGGUUGUGAACACACUAAGCGCCCUGUGCGCAUGUAUAGCCUUUAUCCUGUUCUGUGUGGACUUGGGCUCCUAUGAAUACGGGUACAUCGACGACAUGGUCCUAUUCAAAGGCAUUUUUGGUGUUAUGUUAGUCCUCGCACUUGUGGAGUUCAUGAUCUCAGUGGCUCUUGCAUUUUUUGCCCACAUUGCCCCCUCUACCUCUACCCCUGAGGUGUUGAACAACAUUUCAAGUCAAGAGGCGAAGCCCUUCCCCCCCUCAUACACAAUGGCCACCACAGUGAACACCUCUGAGACCAGAUUUUCCCCAUCUUCCGUGGCUCCCCCCUCAACUGUUAGCAGCGUUGACAAGUCUGAAGAUCUCCCCUUUCCAAUUUGAAGAUUGAGCGUGCAACACCUUUAGGUGCUCAUGAAAUGUGUAGGCAUAUGAUUGCUUGUUUACAAAUUAUUUCAAUUAAUAUUUGCCACUGCUAUAUCAACUCUUUAAAUUGGCUUUCAAUAUUACAUGAAUGGAGGGGUUUAAUUUCCCUUUAAUCUAAUGCUAUCUUAACUACCAACUAUAUAAGCCUAUGUUAAUCAAGAAUGUACAGUUGAAAAAAAACAAACACCUGCUACACAGUAAAAUAACAAUGUUCAUUGAACACAUACUCUGGGAGCAAAUACACUUGUAGAAGGUGUUGAUUUGACUCUCCAGGUGCUGAAUUACACAACAUAACACGUUACAUAACACAACAUGUUUACUGUGCAUUAAAUGAUAUUGAUGAAAGGAUGAAACUUAAAAGAGCAAAAAGUGUGUGGUCACUUCCUGUUUCUGAAUAAGGAAUGGGGUAUAUACUGUAUUGCCCUUUGGAGCUACUGUAUAGAUGGGUUUUCUUUUUUGUUUAUAAACACGGUGUGAGGAGGGACAAGACACUGACAGCCAACCAUGUGAGCUAAGAGUAAGCCAGGGUCGCCCAGCCAGGGGAGAAGAAAAAAGUAGAACCCAUGUAUAAGCGGCUUCCCACCUUGUGUAUGUAUGCAGUGGGUUCCCACCAUUUGUGUGUGUGUGUGUGUGUGUGUGUG